AUGCAGAUGGCACGAUGGAAGGCAUUUCCGCUAUGGGCUCUCGCUGCCCUCAGCACAGCUUUCCCGUUCCGCGCAAGGGAAUUCAUAUACAUCAAAGGCAAUGAUGCUGCCGGUUUAAAAACUGUGCGCUCUCCAAUCAACGAAAACAUCACCAUUUCAUACAAGUCCCCUCCGGCUUGGGUUUGCGAGACGGCCUCCCCGCAUCAAAAACAAUAUACCGGCUACGUCCACCUGCCUCCGGAAACCCUGUCUCCCAUCAGGCAGAGUUACCCCAUCAACACCUUCUUCUGGUUCGUGGAGGCGAGACAGAAUGCACACACGGCGCCUCUGACUAUAUAUCUAAACGGAGGCCCAGGCGAAAGUAGCAUGAUGGGCCUAUUUCAGGAGGUCGGGCCCUGUGAAGCUGUAGAGCUUUCGCCGGAUCGCAUCGGUACUCGUGCUCGGGAAUGGGGUUGGGAUCGAGCCUCCAAUCUGUUGUUUAUAGAUCAGCCGGUUCAAGCUGGGUUUUCGUAUGACAGCCUGCGCAAUGGGUCCUUGGAUUUGCUAUCUUCGUCUUAUAUAUUCCCGCCGUCACCUGUGCCUUCUGGACAGGCUGAAGGCACCUUUCUGAAUGGCACAUUCAGUUCCCACAAUGUUGGUGCGACUGCAAAUUCAACUGCUAUUGCAAGCAGGGCAGUUUGGCACAUGCUGCAGGGCUUUUUAAGCGUAUUCCCACAGUAUAAUCCGAGUAAUGAUGGGAGAGAUGGCUCCGCUGCCGGUAUCCAUCUUUUCACAGAGAGUUACGGAGGCAAGUAUGGUCCAGCCUUCGCGGAGCACUGGGUAGCGCAAAACGAAGCGCUCAGGGACGGUAAACUCCCCAAGGAAAGCACACUUGAAAUAAACCUGCAAUCCGUGGGGAUCCUCCAAGGCUGCAUCGAUGAUCUCAUCCAGGAACCCUUCUACCCAAUCUUCGCCCACAACAAUACCUACGGUAUUCAAGCAAUUUCUCGCGCGGAGAUGGAAGAAUCGCUAGCCGCCUUUCAAAAGCCAGAUGGAUGCGAACAGCGAAUAAACGCCUGCCGAUCAGGAGCACGAUCUCUCGAUCCAAGAGGGGACGGCGAUGUCGACACCGUCAAUGCACUGUGCCUGGCGGCCAUGUACACCUGCAACAAGGAUAUGUUCAGCCUGUUCCAGAAAUCCAACCGGAGCGCAUACGACAUUUCGCAAUCGCCACUAUCCAGCUUUGCCCCGCUCACGCAUCUCACCUACCUCAACACGGCGAGAGUCCAAGACGCCCUGGGCGUCCAGGUAAAUUACACAGAUUAUAGGAAUGUGGUUCAGUCCGCUUUCAUCUCGACAGGCGACUACAUGCGUACCUCGUACGUUCCGCACCUGGCCUCGCUGCUGGCGUCAGGCAUUCGGGUAGCCCUCAUCCACGGCGAUCGGGAUUAUGUCUGCAACUGGAUGGGUGGUGAGGCCGUUUCGUUAGCCAUUGCCUCCUCGCCUAUCUCCCCCGCGCCAUACCGAGACAAGAAAGCCUUUAGCGAUAUCGCCGGAUACGCACCCCUGACCGUUGCCAGCCAGGCAUCUGGGCGGCGGUCCUAUGUUGGCGGCGCCGUGCGUCAACUCGGCAACUUAUCCUUCACCCGUGUUUAUGAGGCAGGCCAUUUCGUGCCCGCCGCUCAACCGGAGACUGCAUUCACGCUGUUCUCCCGCAUUAUUGAUCGUGGGAGGGACUUAGGUAGCGGCGACAAGGCCGAUUUAUCCACGUUUCAUACGAUGGGGCCCAGGAAUUCCACAAAAAAGAAUGUUGCACCGCCAAUGGCGGAGGCAACAUGCUAUGUGCGGGCUGCGGAGGAUACAUGUUCGGAAGAGCAGAAGCAAAUGUUGAAAGAAGGGAGAGGUGUGAUUAUUAAUGGAGUUCUGUAUAAGAAUGAAUCUGAAUGGGCAUGUGGCCAAAGUAACGAUAUGUCCCACAAGUGA